UACUUUUCUAUCCAUCUCCUCGCUAUUUAACGCUCCCAGAUUUCCUAAUUCAAAUCAACUGCUUCCUGAUUUCUUCGUUCCGGUGAUCCUGCUGUCUUGAGCUUGGUGGAAAUGGCGGUGAAAGUGGACUCAGAGUACCGAAAAGAAAUCGAGAAAGCUCGACGAGACCUUCGCGCUCUCAUCUCCAGCAAGAACUGCGCUCCUAUCAUGCUUCGCUUAGCGUGGCAUGAUGCUGGAACUUACGACGCUAAAAGAAGGACAGGAGGUCCUAACGGUUCCAUAAGGUUUGAAGAAGAGUACAAGCGCCCUGCAAAUUUGGGAUUGGAGAAUGCAGUUGCCAUUUGUGAAGAAGUGAAAAGGAAACAUCCAAGGAUUACAUACGCUGAUCUCUACCAGCUUGCUGGAAUAGUUGCAGUUGAGGUCACAGGAGGCCCUGAAAUUGACUUUGUUCCUGGUAGGAAGGAUGCGGAUUGUCCUGAUGAAGAUGGGCUUCCCGAUGCCAAUCAAGGUGUAUCACAUCUCAAAAACAUUUUUUAUCGAAUGGGUCUAUCUGAUAAGGACAUAGUGGCAUUGUCUGGAGGACACACAUUGGGAAGAGCACAUAAAGAUAGGUCAGGAUUUGAUGGUCCCUGGACAAGUGACCCGCUCAAGUUUGACAACUCAUACUUUGUGGAACUACUGAAGGGAACCUCAGCCGGCCUACUACAGCUUAAUACUGACAAAGCUCUUUUGGCUGCUCCCGAGUUCCGGCAGUAUGUGGAAUCAUAUGCAAAGGAUGAGGAUGCAUACUUUAGGGAUUAUGCAGUCUCGCACAAGAAACUUUCCGAGUUAGGCUUCAUCACUCCACCACCAAAGGUUUCCAGGACACUGGCACGUGUACUUUGGCAUGCGAUUACUGUAGCUGUGGUGAUCUUAAGUUUAUUCUUUGCAUUUAGUAAAAGGAGACAAAACCUCGCAUGCUUAAUUCUUUUCAAGACAUGCCCAAAUAUUGUGUGAAGUGACUUGAGGGAUGACCGUC